ACGUAUGACCCUAGUGUUCUUAUGAGAAAAUAUGCAUAUUCACCCCUAAUUAAGAAAAUGUUUUUUUUCCGUCGGAACCGACAGUCAAUCCGUAACCCGGAAUCCCAUCGGAUUCUGUUGGGUGAUAGGAUCCCAUCAGACCCGAUAGGAUCCGUCAUAUGAUUCAUUCACCUGGGUAUUGCAACUACUGUUUCAACAGUUUCUUCAGGAGAAAAUAAUGUAGAAAAAAGAAAGAAGAAUAUUUUGUCUUUAUGUCUCGAUGAUCCUAGGCCAUCAAUGUCGAAUAUGGAUGAAUUUACUUCAUGGAUGAGUUGCAACUUAACAUUAGAUGAUAAAGAAAAUGAUGAUAUAUUAGGAUUUUGACCAAAAAACAGUCUGUCUUUUCCUAUUAUUUCAACUAUUAUACGUAAUCUUUUCGCUAUUCCAGCAUCGAAUACAACUGUUGAGAGAAUUUUUUCAAUAUCAAAAAAUCUUAUAACCGACAAACGAACAAGAUUAGGAACAGAAAAAGUUAACCAAAUGAUAUUUCUUAGAAAAAAUCUUAUUACUCAUAAAGAUUUAUUCAAUCAUGAUCACUACAAACAUGAACUUGAAUCAAAUCAUGAUAAACGAAAGAAUGAUGAUGCACCAGCUGAAUCACUUGAUAAAAAUAGUAAAAAUCGAAAAUAGAUGAAAAUUCCAAAAGAAUCAUUCCGAUAGUAGGAUCCGAUAAGAUCCCAGAGGGAAUCCUAUCCGAUAUCAUUAAAAUGUUAAUAAAACCGAUGAAAUUCCGUUGGAUUCCUGAAAACGGAUUUACAGUCGGAUCCCUGCCGCUGGAAUCCGAGAAAAACCUAUGUCGGAAUUCAAUGGAAACCGACGCUAGCAUACAACCCUUGUAUUCUGAUGGCAUCAGAUGCUUAUUCAUUCCUGAUUAAGAAAGUUGAUUCUGUCCGUCGGAUCCGACAGCGAUUCCUCAACCAGGAAUCCCUCGGGUUUUUGUCGGAAUGUUGGAUCCUAAGAGAUCCGGUGGAAUCCGAUGUCGGAUUAAUUCACCUGGGAUGAUGAGAUUGUUAUCGAUGAAGUAGAAAACAAUUUUUAGUAUAAUAUUUUUCUAAAAUAUGUUUGUUAAAUGUUGAUAAUAUGUUUUGUAAUUAGUGAUGUUAGGGAGAUUCACUCUAAAUUAUUUACAACCACCUGCUUUUGUUUAUCUUAUGUAACUGCAUGUUUAGCAAAUUCGUUUAUAAUAUUUCAAAGGACUUCAAAAUUAAGCACUAAAUGUUGAAGUCUUGUGAGAUAUUAGAAACGAAUUUGCUAAACAUGCAGUUAUAUAAGAUAAACAAAAGUUGGUGUUUGUAAUUUAAAGUUUUGUACUUUGUAAAUAUUUUUUGGUGGUGUGAAUUAAUGCGCUUUCUAUUGAUUAUAUUCACUUAUUUGCUUCAUUUUAAAAAGUAAAAACAAAUUUUGAUAUACGAUUAAAGAGCUAUCAAAUUCCUAUCAAAUACAUUUUUCGUGACCAGCCGUGACUCUAACUUAGUCACGGUCACGGUCACGCCGAUGUCUAGUGACGAUACUGCGAGUUUUACUUUCUUGUUUUAGUCUUUUGGAAAUAUUCUUUUAUUUUCUUUUAUGACAUUAGGAUGAACAAGAAUUUGGUGAAAAUUGUGUUCAACGAGGUACAAAAAGUGGACUUAGUCUACGAUUAUUAGUUACUCAAGCAAUAGCUGUGCGAAAAGAUGCAUUAUAA